CAGUUUGACAGUCAAUAUUUGCAUUCAGUAAGGGGCCAAGCCUUCCAUAAUUAUGAUAUACAAAUUUAGUAGUCGGUUAGCUUUAUAUCAUGAAAUAUCAACUAAAGUCAUAUAGCUAGAAACCCAGUUGUAACCGAUUUGAGCGACGAGAACCGACCUACAAAACUUGGAGAGAAUUUCAGAGAGCUGUUUGACAACGAAUGGACAGAUGCGUUUGAAUUUUUGACUGAAGAGAACGACGGAACCCACCGCGAAGAUGAAGAGGCAAUUGAUAUACUAUAUGGAAUGUUGAAGCGUUGCAAUGAGUUAUGUUCUGAAGCGCUUCGAGAGCAGCAAACGUCACUUGCGCAACUAGUGUCUAAUCCUGCGUAUUUUAAGAAGAAACCUAUUCUUAGCCUGUGCCGAUCUAAACCUGCAGUGCCACUGACGAAAACCGUAAAUGCUACACAGGCCCAAUUUGCCAAACCUUUACCAGCUGAGAGUCUAAGUACUUGUGAUCAAGUACCUGGUCGCCGAAGACAGCUGGGUAAACAAGGAGAAAGUAAAGAGACAGCUGGUAAUGGAAACAAACAACCUGGUAACCAUAAGUCGGGAAAGAUGUCAGACGUCGAACAAAUGACUGACGCAACCAAACCAAACGCUGGUGAGACUGAUGGCCCAGUCAUUAGUGCAGAAGUUGAAGUACCAAUCAAAGUGUUCUCCAAAAGCGUAGCGGCUGAAGUUCUCAAACAUGUUGCAGUUUCGGAUAUUUUACCAGCUAUAAGCAAUGACAAACAAUAUCAAGAUGUAUUGCGAAAUGCCGGGGUCCAGAAAUACCUCGAGAAGUGCUUCCACUUGUGCUGGCUGAUGCAGGCACAAUACCCGCCAAUGUUGAUGGAUUUUGAAACGAAGCCUGGAAUGCCAUUUAACACCAACGUGUUUGAGACGUACGCUAAGAGGGGCCCUAAAACCGUCCGCGUCGUCUGGCCCCCAGUUUACUUACACAAAGAUGGGCCUCUUGUCUGUAAGGGUUAUGCUGAAGGCACAAAACAAUGAUCUUGUCUGUUUUAUACAGAAAUUUAACAAUACUGACAAAAACGGGAAUAUACUAAAGAAUAUAUUUAUCGUAUUUAAUCUAUAAAUCUGAGAACCUCACAUAAUAUUAUUAAUUACUUUAUUAGUCUCCCUUAUGUGUGAGAUAUACUGACUUUGUCAAUUCUGCUUGACUGUCUCAGUGUCGGUUUGUCGAUAUAUCACAAAUAUUUAUCUGUCCUUUUGGUGUGAUUCCUUUUGCGCAACUGUGCAUGUUGAGUAAAUUAAUGAUUUAAUUAAUUAAUCUGCAUUACUUC